AUGCGUUGGAAUCCGUUCGCUGCAUCGCCUCCCCCACCAGAAAAUGCGUCGCUGCUUGGCCGCGUACAGGAGCUGGCGAGUCGUGAGCUGGUAACAACGCGAGCGUUGCUCACGGACUUCCAGGAGUUUAUCCAGCAGGGCAACAUGCUCAACAUGGCGGUGGGUCUCAUUCUGGGGUCGUCCUUCUCCGCUAUUCUCAACUCUUUGGUCGUGGACAUUUUGUCGCCGAUCAUCAGCCUAUUUACAGAGCGAGGCAUAGCGAACCACUACUGGCCCGUGCGAUGCCCGUCAACGACCACCGUGUGCUCCGGAGAAACAUGGCAGACGUGGAAGGAAGCUCGAGAUGCCGGUGCUGUGACCAUCAACUACGGGCUGUUCAUCGAAAACAUCAUGAACUUUGUUAUCAACGCUCUCUUCUUGUUUAUUGCCGUCAAGAAAGGUGUGUAA